AUGAUCGUGCCUGACGUGUUGUUCAUCUGCGAGAACAUGCUGAUGUCAGAGGGUUUCGUAUCGGCCCGCGCCUUAGCACAUAAGUUUGUGACCCUUUAUGCUUUGUGUAAAACCUUACUAUCAGAUGCCUUACACUAUGAUUGGGGUCUCCGAGCAGUCAAGGCUGUGCUGCGGCAAGCUGGCUCACUCAAGAGAGCCGACCCUAAUGUUAAUGAAGAUACGCUGCUGAUGAGGGCACUGAGAGACUUCAAUAUUGCGAAAAUAACAAGUGAAGACAAGCCCAUAUUCCUGCGUCUUAUCGAGGAUCUGUUCCCUGGUGUCGUGUCGCCGCCCAAACGCGAUGUCGAUUUCUGGAAAGUGGUUAUGGCAGUGACAAAGGCUCAAAAAUUGCAAUGCGAGGAACAAUUCAUUUUAAAAUGCGUCCAAGUUCGAGAGGCCAUACAAGCGCUGAAGGCGAUUGGGGAAGAUGGGGUGGUGGAGGUAUUGAACCCCAAAGCCAUAUCAACAAAUGAGCUAUACGGGUACAUGACCCCUGCCAAGGAGUGGAAAGAUGGAGCGGUAGCCGUCAUAAUGCGGAAUAUGUCAAAAGAGCGUGGAGGGUUUAAACCUUCCCACCUCCACAAGUGGAUUAUUUUAGAUGGUGACAUAGAUGCAGAGUGGAUUGAGUCCAUGAACACUGUCAUGGAUGACAACAAGGUGCUGACACUAGUGAGCAAUGAACGAAUUCCGUUCACUCCGACAAUGAGAAUGAUAUUUGAAAUCGCGGAUAUGAAGCAUGCAAGUCCAGCAACUGUCUCAAGAGGAGGCGUGGUAUUCAUCAACGAGACCGACGUUGGGUGGAAACCCUUCGUAGAUUCUUGGAGGGAAACGCUCAGUGACCAAGUAGCACAGUCUCAGUUGUAUCUGCUGUUUUCUUACUACUUUGAAUCGAACAUAGAGAUGUUUCAUCGUACCUUCAAGUUUGUCUGCCCCAUGACAGACAUUGCUUUUGUCGAGGGCAUUUGUACAUUCGUCGAUGCGCUCCUUUGCCGCAACAAAGCCACAACAGACGCAUUUAAGGCUAAAAGCGUCGAUGAGCAGAAGCUCACAUAUGAAGGCUAUUUCCUAUCGGCCUUGAUGUGGACAGUUGGAGCUUGUGUAGCAGAUGAUAAAGCUCUCAACUACAGGGCCCAGUUCAGCAACUGGUUACGAGCCGCUGCGCGCAUUAAGUUCCCAGAAAAUGGCCUUUGUUUUGAUUAUUACUUUGAAGAAUCGACUUGCCAGUGGGUGCAGUGGAGUUCUCAAUUGAAGCCUUAUGAGCCUGUAACAGAGAUGUUGUUUAACAAGAUCAUAGUCUCCACGACAGACACCCUUCGCAUCAACUACGUAAAUGAACUAUUCUGCAAGCGCGGAAGAGCCGUUCUGCUUGUUGGUUCCUGUGGUUCUGGAAAAAGCACCAUUAUCAAGGACUUCUUCCGCCACUUGCCCCCCGAUUUUGAAAGCGCCACAAUCAAUCUUAAUUCCUACACGGACUCACGGAUGCUGCAAAAUAUUCUGGAGUCCAACAUUGAAAAACGCACCGGCCAUACUUACGGACCCGUGGGAAAUAAACGUAUAGUGUAUUUCAUUGACGACUUGAAUAUGCCAUACGUCGAUAAAUACGAUACCCAGCCUCCACUAGAGCUACUGCGGCAACUUAUGGACUACGGUAGUAUGUUUGACCGCAGCCAUUUGGAAGACAAGAUGAAUGUGGUAGACGUGCAGUAUAUGGCGUGCAUGAAUCCCACCGCUGGUUCGUUCAAUAUCAGCUCUCGGCUUCAGCGUCACUUUUCAGUAGUUACCUGUUUCGAAGCUGACGCUGAGACUAUUGGUCGCAUCUAUGGCAGCAUUCUCAAACAGCAUCUCCUGCCAUUCGACCCGUCCGUGGCAGAGCUAGAGGGACCCGUAUUGCAGGCCACAAUAGACCUAUUUGCACAAAUUCGUGCCGAUCCAACGUUUCUGCACUCUGCAAAAAAAUUCCACUACAACUUCAACCUACGCGACCUCUCCAGCAUGUUUAGAGGGGUGCUGAGGUCAACUCCCUCCAUGUACCGACAAACAGUGGGCGGUACUACGAAGCUAAUCCGACUUUGGCUCCAUGAGGCAAACAGAGUGCUUCGAGAUCGACUGAUAUCGGAAAGCGAUAUGAAUGCGCUCGACAAUAUCAUCAAAGUUGUUGUUAAGAAGCACUUUCCUGAUGAAGAUCAAGAACAAAUCCAUGCAGCCCCAAAUAUCAUGUGCAGCUUUUUGUCCGAGGCCUCCGGCAAUGAUCCUGUUUAUAUGCCUGUUCAAGACAAGGAAUCGCUGCGGCAGGUCCUGCAGGAGAAGCUUGAAGAGUAUUCGCAAACAUACACGGAGAUGAACUUGGUUCUUUUUGAUGAUGCCAUUUUACAUGUUACGCGCAUAUGUAGAAUAAUAGACGUUCCCGGGGGCAACGCCCUACUUGUCGGUGUUGGAGGCAGCGGCAAACAAAGCCUCAGUCGGCUAGCAUGCUUUAUCUCAAAGGUUGAAACGUACCAGAUCGUCGUUAGCCAGCAUUACGAUAGCGCUGCCUUCAAGAUAGACAUGCAGGAAUUGAUGAACAAAGCCAUUGUGCGUCCUGGGACUCCCCAUGCGCUCCUGCUGACAGAUCAGCAGAUCGUAGAUGAACAAUUGCUGGUCUACGUCAACGACCUCUUAGCCUCAGGAAACAUUCCCGACCUCUUCACAAGGGACGAAUAUGAGCAGAUCUUCACAGUCCUCAGGAAGCAAAUCAGGCCUGGGGCUCCAGGGAAUACUAGGGAAGGCAUGUGGCAAGUGUUUACGGACAAAGUACAGACAAACGUGCACGUUAUUAUCUGCCACUCACCUGUAGGCGAGCAUUUGAGAGUUCGAGCCCGCAAAUUCCCAGGCUUAAUUUCAGGGACGACAGUGGAUGAAUUCCAUCCUUGGUCGCGAGAUGCGCUGGUGCAGACAGGAGCGCACGGUGCUGCAGACGUGCAACUCCCGGCUGAAGAGCUACGCGGAUUGUUGGCGGAGCACAUGGCAAACGUGCAUUUGAGCAUAGAUGUGGCGAAUGAGAAUUUCUUGCGACAAGAAAGGCGUUACAAUUACACUACGCCAAAAUCUUUCUUGGAGCUGAUUGUUUUCUACAAACAAUUUCUCAGUCGCAAAAGAGAGGAAGCGAAUCAGUCCAUCAACAGGCUGCUUAAAGGUCUGACUACUUUGAAGGAAACAACGGCAGAGGUUGAGGGGCUGAGGGAAGACCUAAAGGAGAAAAUGAUCGUGGUAGACGAAAAGAAAGCAGCAGCUGACGCGUUGGUUGAACAGGUCCUCAAGGCCUCAGCAAUUGCUGAUGAGGAGGCCAAAAUUGCGAACGCAGAAAAAGAUAAGGCAAACGCCCUGAGUGAAGAAGCGGCAGAAAUACAAAAGAAAGCUGACGAAGAACUCUCAGAAGCAAUGCCAGCGAUGGAGAGAGCCAGAGAAGCAGUCAAGUGCCUUACGAAACCUGCUAUCCAGGAGCUCAAAUCGUUACCGAAACCCCCAGCCGAAUGUUUGGAGGUUACUAAGGCUGUGCUGAUAAUGAGGGGGGCAGGGAAGAAUACAGAAUGGAAGGCGGCACAAAAGAUGAUGAGCGACCCUGGAAAAUUCUUGGAACAAGUUCGCGCAUUUGACGCUGAGAACAUGACGGAGGAAACGGUUAAUGCAAUCACUCCGAUAAUUUCCCAGCCAUUUUUCAACUUUGAAGUUAUGAAGAGCAAGUCACUUGCUGCCGCAUUCCUUGCAAACUGGGUGGUGAAUAUUGUCACGUACAACACCAUCUACCGCAAAGUAAAACCCUUGAUGGAUAAAUUUGCAGAGGCCACCGAGUCCAAGGCCAAAGCCGACUCUAACCUGGCUCAAGUAAUGGAGCGCGUUCGAGAAAUUAAUGAAAAAGUGGCGAAACUGCAACAAAAACUCCAAGAAGCUGAUGACGACCGUCGUGGAGUCGUAGCUCAGGCCGAAGAGUGUCAGUUGAAGUUAGACCUUGCAGAGCGGCUGGUCAACGGUUUGGCAGACGAGAAUGCGAGAUGGACGCAGGCCAUGGGUGAGCUGGAAUCCUCGAAAAUGACUGUCAUCGGAGAUUACCUUCUGGCUGCAGCUUUCGUUUCAUACGCGGGAGCCUUCUCGGCGUCCUUCCGAGUCGGGCUCAUUGAGGGUGAAUGGAAGGCUGACCUCGUGAAGCAAAAUAUACCCUUUACACCCACUGUUAGUCCUUUGGAGGUAUUGGCAGACGAGGCAGAUAUCGCCUUAUGGAAAAAUGAAGGCUUGCCUGCGGAUCGCAUUUCCAUUGAAAACGCAGCGAUUGUCACAUCCUGCCUUAGGUGGCCUUUGUUGGUGGACCCGCAGCUGCAAGGGACACGUUGGGUUAAGCAGAGAGCUCACGAAAGCCUGAUAACAGUGUCUGUAAAUCGUGACCGCUGGCUGACCAAAACGAUUGAUGCAAUACGAAAUGGCGACACCCUCCUAAUAGAAAACCUAACCGAGUCUAUCGAUCCUGUCCUAGAUCCCAUUUUAUCUCGAGCCGUCUCCAGAAAGGGCCGUACGCUAUACGUAAAGAUAGCAGGGGAAGAUAUAGAGUUCAACACCGAGUUUCGCCUUUUGCUGCAAACAAAGCUCCCUAACCCGCAUUACAAGCCUGAGAUCGCAGCCCAAUGCACUUUGGUAAACUUCACGGUCACUCCUGAGGGGCUGGAGGAGCAGUUCCUGGCGAUGAUUGUCAACGCUGAGCAGCCAGACCUCGAGACAUCGAAGCAAGCCCUCACUCGAAAGCAAAAUGAAUUCAAGGUAACCCUGGCCCAGCUUGAAGACAAGCUUCUCUUUGAGCUCUCAAAUGCAGAUCCUGAGCUUAUCCUCGCGAAUACAGCACUUGUCGAGAGCCUAGAGGAAACGAAGCGGACAGCCAAGGAAAUACAGGAACAGGUUAGAGACUAA